CAAUUAAUUGUAUUCCAUCCCUGAUAACCACUCCACUUUAAUAUUCCUUGCUUUCACUUAUAUAUAUAUAUAUUUCAAAUAAAAUAACAGGUAUGAUCUAUUGUUCUUGAUUUCGCCCCUCAUCAUUCACCUUUAUUAUUAUUAUUAGUAUCAUCAUUCAUUCAUAACCGUAAUAAAGUUUCACAAAAUGGAAUUUGAGAGAGAAUUAAUUAGCAUGGAUGUAGAGGUAGAUGAACGAGGAGGUGAUGUGUCAACAACUGCUGCCUCACCACUAGUAAUUCUUCAUGGCGCCAGCAGCAGCAGCAGCAGGAGGUCUAAAGCUAUACAUCAGUUCACCCAACAAACUCUCCCUGCUUGUAAACCUGUUCUAACACCAGCAUGGGUCAUUGGGACAUUCUUUUUUAUGGGUGUCAUUUUCAUCCCUGUUGGGUUAAUUUCUCUUCAUGCUUCUCAAAGUGUUCAUGAAAUUGUGGAUAGAUAUGAUACUGAGUGUAUUCCAGACAUGUUUAAGAGCAACAAGGUAGCAUAUAUCAAGAAUGCAUCAGCUCCGAAAAGUUGUCACCGUUAUCUAAAGGUGCACAAGCCUAUGAAAGCUCCAAUUUAUAUCUAUUAUCAGCUGGACAACUAUUACCAAAACCAUAGGAGGUACGUAAAAAGUAGAAGUGAUGAGCAGCUUCUACGUGGACUAGGAUACAACAAAACAGGUUCCUGUGAACCUUUAGCACUUGAGAAUGGUCUCCCAGUAGUACCUUGUGGAUUAGUUGCAUGGAGUUUAUUUAACGACACCUAUUCCUUUUCACGCGGGACAAACAAAUUGGAAGUUGAAAAAAAAAACAUCGCAUGGAAGAGUGACCGGGAUCACAAAUUUGGCAAACAGGUUUAUCCCUUCAAUUUCCAGAAUAGCUCUUUUGUUGGUGGUGGAAAGCUAGAUACAACUAUCCCCCUUAGUGAUCAAGAGGAUCUCAUUGUGUGGAUGCGGACUGCUGCUUUUCCAAGUUUUCGUAAAUUAUAUGGGAGAAUUGAAGAGGAUUUAGAAGAAGAUGACAUCAUAGUAGUACAUCUCAUGAACAAUUAUAAUACAUACAGUUUUGGUGGGAAAAAAAUGCUUGUACUUUCCACAUCAAGCUGGUUAGGAGGAAAGAAUGGCUUUCUUGGGGUAGCGUACAUAUUUGUUGGCUCAUCUGCCAUAUUGAUUGCCCUAAUUUUCUUGUUGCUUCAUGUCAAAAAUCCAAGACCAUAUGGAGACACAAUGUAUUUAUCUGGCAACAGGAAGGAGAUUUCUCGUUAAAAAGUCGCCUGCAUAGCAAAAGAAGUAUUCUUAAAUAAGAGAAGAAAUUGGAUUCCUGCAGAUUCUGCUUUUCUUUUUUCAGUGAUUCUUCUUCACAAAAAAGCAAUGAGAUUAAAUUAUAUAAGCUGUCAUAGUAUCUUUAACUCACUCUACACACAUAUGGGUAAGCAUAGAAGAUCAAUAGGUGAUGUCAGCGCUCAAAUUGCUGAAUCGGAUAAUACAGCCAAUGCAUUAUGUGAUUACACAAUGUUUGUUUAAUGUAAAGCGAUAUGCAAUGGUGAUAUUAGAGUUUUCUUUGAGCUUACAUUAGGACUUUUAGAUGAAUAGUUUGUUAUUGGUAGACUUUCAGUGAUAUGAAUGGUGAAGCAAGAUGUUCUCUUUGUCGUAUCUUGCAUUCUUAUUGGUUUGUUUUUAGACUCAA